AUGUCAUAUAAUUUACUCUCAACUAAGUUACUAACAGGUGUUACAUGGCAAUCGCUGUUGAAAUUGAUUUUGCGUGUAUUAGCUGUAUCGCAGAUUAUCACACCAGCAGGAUGGCCGCCAUCGUACCAUCUGAAAGAUGGUGCCGUCUUCGACUUUAUAGUAGUAGGGGCUGGUUCGGGUGGUGCUGUGGUUGCAGCUAGGCUUAGCGAGAUAUAUCACUGGAAGGUGUUGCUGAUAGAAGCGGGGGGAGACCCCCCAUUUGGAAGUGUAGCACCAGGGCUUUUUCAACUGCUGCCAGGGACAGAAUAUGAUUGGAAUUAUAAAGGUCAUCUUGAUCCAGGAAUAGGCUUAUCACAUCCUGGCGGUUUUCUACGAAUCGUGCGUGGAAAGAUGUUAGGGGGAACCUCUUCUAUUAACUAUGAAAUUUAUUCGAGAGGAGUUCCAGAAGAUUACGAUAGAUGGAAUGUAGUUGCGCCCGGGUGGAGCUGGAAAUCGGUCCUGCCCUAUUUCAAAAAACUCGAAGGAAUGAGAGAUAGUUCUGUAUUUAAAGAUUCCAAGAACGCAGAGCUGCAUUCGUCACGCGGCCCAGUUGCGGUAUCUCGAUCACUUCAUAAGGAAUUCGAGAAAACAGACAAUAUAAUGCUAAAGUCUUUCCAAGAAAUCGGCGUUAAAACAGUUCUCGAAAACAACGGUCCUGAAAAUUAUGGAAUUUCUCGACCACAUUUCACUUUCUAUAAUGGCAGGCGAUCGAGUACAGCGGAAGCUUAUUUAAAACCAGCACAAUAUAGAGAGAAUUUUUAUCUAACAAAGUACGCCAGAGCUAUCAAAGUUCAUAUAGACCCUCAUACAUUACGAGCGUAUGGUGUUCGUGUUAUGCUAGGGAAGAAAAUGAUUAUCAAUGUGUAUGCUAAGAACGAAAUCAUUCUGGCAGCAGGGUCUAUCGACACACCCAAGUUGUUGCUGCUUUCUGGAGUAGGACCCAAGGAAACAUUAAAAAAGUUUAAUAUCACGAUUGAAGCAGACCUUCCAGUUGGUAAAAAUUUACAAGACCAUGCAGGUUUUCCUAUUACUUUUGCUGGCCAAACUAAUUAUGAUAUUAGUAAUUCUUUUUCCUUACCACCAAUAGAAACAUAUCCUACGCCUCUUCAAAAUGGCUUUAUAACUGUGGAUUCAGCUGUUUUUCAUGAAUUUCGGAAAUAUGGUGAUUCAAGACCGCAACUCCAAGUUGUCAACAGCCAUAAAGGAGCCGUCGCUUCUAUUGACACUGGUUUAGGUAGUUGCAAUAUAAUUGAAAAUUAUGAUGAUGAGUAUUGCUUAUCGUUGUCAAAAUCGAAUUUAUUUAGAGAAAUAUAUUCUAUUUCAAUGCUUCUAUUACAUCCCCUUUCGAAAGGAGAAGUGACUAUUAGAAGUACUAACCCAAUCGACAAGCCAUUAAUUAAAAUGGGUUAUUUAAGACAUCCCUAUGAUAUUUUAGUUGCUAAAGAGGGUAUCAAGUUCUUGACGAACUUGGUUAAUACAACAUAUUAUAGACAAGUCGGUGGUGAAAUCGUGAAAGUAAAGGUAAAAGGUUGUGAAAACCUUACAUGGGGUAGUGAUGCAUAUUGGGAGUGCUAUGUUGUUAAUAUUAUCGGCACUUUUAUGCAUCCCGUGGGUACAUGUCGUAUGGGACAAGAAGGUGUAGUCGACGAAAGACUAAGGGUCCAUGGUAUCUACGGACUAAGAAUUGUUGACGCAUCUAUAAUGCCCGAAAUAAUCAGUGGCAACCCUAAUAUACCAGUUAUGAUGAUCGGUGAAAAAGCAGCCGAUAUUAUUAAAGAAGAUUAUGGUGAAUUCACCAUCACCUAUCUUGAUGAUUGA